CACCACACUCAAAUUAUUGAGAGAAGAAGUGGAACUGAGGGGAAGACAAACAAUCUUACUUUGUGUCUUUUUCUCUCUCUCUCAUUGAAAAAAAAAGAAAGAAAAAAGAAAGUGGUGGAAGAUGCCGAGGCCAGGGCCAAGACCGUACGACUGCAUCAGAAGAGCUUGGCAUAGUGACAGACACCAACCCAUGAGGGGUUUGCUCAUCCAAGAGAUUUUCAGGAUUGUAUGUGAGAUUCACAGCCAAUCCACCAAGAAGAACACAGAAUGGCAAGAGAAGCUCCCUGUUGUUGUCUUGAGAGCUGAAGAAAUCAUGUAUUCCAAAGCCAAUUCUGAGGCUGAGUAUAUGGACAUGACGACCCUUUUAGACCGUACAAACGAAGCCAUCAACACCAUCAUACGACUUGAUGAGACCACCGAAAGUGGUGAAUUUCUUCAGCCUUGUAUAGAAGCUGCAUUGCAUUUGGGGUGCACGCCAAGGAAAACUUCAAGGAGCCAACGUAACAUAAACCCCAGAUGUUAUCUUAGCCAAGGCUCAACUAACUUGGACAACAUUUUGUCCCAAGUUUUCAUGAAACCGAACAACUUUGUUCCAAAGAAUCUUGCAGUAGCACAAGAGAAGCGGGUCGAGAAAUGCACUGUUUCCAAGUACUCAGCCUACCCUUUAUUCUAUACGUUCCGACCAAUCACUGACUCGUGCAAGUCCAAGAACAGCAGACCGGCGAGUGUCAAAGAUGCAACAAAUGGCAUUACCUUUGGUGGAUGUGAAUGUGAUCUAUCUCUGCGCUUAGGUCCUAGUAAGCCUACGCAAAAACGAAGUAAGAUAAGCAGCAGCAACAUCAGCAGCUGAAAAAAAGAGGGCAAGAUUGAGUUUUGUUUGGCGAGUCUUGUGUUAGAAGGAAUGAGCGAGUCUUUAGUCUCCUCUCUAGGUUUAGGUGUUUGUGAACAUGUAAAUAGAGAGAUGAAGUAAAACUAAAACAUUCAAUGAAGUCUUCUUCUUCUCCUUCUC